GCCAGCCCGCAGCCCGCGCGGGACUGGGCCUCGGAGGCGCUGCGUGGACAGCAUGAGUUUCUCCGGAGGCUCCCACGAGGAGCCCGCGGGCAACUCCAGUCCAUGGCGGCCUCUGACUGCCCAGGGAGUCACCAACUGGAGCCGCGAGGCUGCCGAUGGGCUCGGGGAAGGUGGAGGACCUCCUGUGGGGGACGUCCGCAACGAGGAGCUGGCCAAGUUGGAGAUCACGGUGCUGGCGGUGAUCUUCGCGGUGGCCGUGCUGGGUAACAGCAGCGUGCUGCUGGCGCUGCACCGCACGUCCCGCAAGACGUCCCGCAUGCACCUGUUCAUCCGCCACCUCAGCCUGGCCGACCUGGCCGUCGCCUUCUUCCAGGUGCUGCCGCAGCUCUGCUGGGAUAUCACCUACCGCUUCCGCGGGCCCGACUGGCUGUGCCGCGUGGUGAAGCACCUGCAGGUGUUCGCCAUGUUCGCGUCCGCCUACAUGCUGGUGGUCAUGACCGCCGACCGCUACAUCGCCGUGUGCCACCCGCUCAAGACCCUGCAGCAGCCCGCGCGCCGCUCGCGCCUCAUGAUCGCCGCCUCCUGGGUGCUGAGCUUCGUGCUCAGUACCCCGCAGUACUUCAUCUUCUCGCUGAUCGAGGUGGAGGUGAACAAUGUCACCAAGGCCCAAGACUGCUGGGCCACCUUCAUCCAGCCCUGGGGCACCCGAGCCUACGUGACCUGGAUGACCAGCGGUAUCUUCGUGGCACCCGUGGUCAUCCUGGGCACCUGCUAUGGCUUCAUCUGCUACCACAUCUGGAGCAACGUCCGCGGGAAGACGGCGUCCCGCCAGGGCAAGCGCGCGGGGGAAGCCUCGGGCGCCUUCCACAAGGGGCUCCUGGUGGCGCCCUGUGUCAGCAGUGUGAAGACCAUCUCCCGCGCCAAGAUCCGCACGGUGAAGAUGACAUUCGUGAUCGUCACAGCUUACAUCCUCUGCUGGGCGCCUUUCUUCAUCGUCCAGAUGUGGUCGGUCUGGGAUGAGAAAUUCAUCUGGACAGAUUCAGAAAGCCCUUCCAUCACCAUCACCGCAUUACUGGCCUCCUUGAAUAGUUGCUGCAAUCCCUGGAUAUACAUGUUUUUCAGUGGCCAUCUCCUUCAAGACUGUGUCCAGAGCUUCCCAUGCUGCCAAAACAUGACACACAAGUUCAACAAGGAGGACACCGACAGUGUGAGCAGAAGACAGACUUCUUACUCUAACAACCGCAGCCCAACCAACAGCACAGGAACAUGGAAGGACUCGCCUAAAUCUUCCAAGUCUAUCAAAUUCAUUCCUGUUUCCACCUGAGCUGCAUGUUCAUGAAGUCUGACUCUUGAAACUGACUUUUUGGUCCAUGAGCUGAGUCCAGCUAGAAUCAUAAGAACACAUGAGCUUAUGUGAGAUAAGCGUAAAUCAAGUCAUAUAAGACUAUUUCUAGUUGCAUUUUCCACAUUGCUAAGACCAAAAACUGUGUGUUAUUUCAUAUGGAAUAUUAAUGAAAACAUGCUACACUGAAAUGUGUAGGCCUAAUUUCCAGAAAUAUGGCAAAAGUCAUAUUUCUAAAGGAAAAAUCAUAACCACAUUGGCUUUAUAUUUUGUGGUUUGUAUUUUAUUUUUUUAUUUCUGAAAUAAGCAAGGCUUGAUUGGUUUAAAAGUCAGGUAAAGUGCACUAUUUCUGAACAAAAUAAGUUCAUGAUUUAAAUAAGACACAUGAGAUUGUCAACUUACGUACUACACAAUCCAACUCAGGAGGGUGGCUUGGCCAUGGGGUCUGGAAAGGUAUGAGGGCCAAGUCAUACUGACCAGGGGGUAGCCUGUGGAAGGUGAAAAGGAGAAAGCUCCCUUAGGGGACUGUCCUUUGCAUAGAAUUUCAAAAUGAUAAGUCAGUAACUGGCAAUGCUUGCCUUCAUGGUCCUUAUGUUUUGGCUGUGAAAAAUAUCAUCUCUGAGAUGCCAGAGGUUAUGGGAAAUAUGAACAAUAGGCCAAUAAUAUCUUCUACUUCCUACUGCAAGAUUUUAUUUUCAAAUUUAGAUUUGUAUGGGGAAAAGCCAAGGUUUAUAGAACAGAUAAUGAUUGACGAAGUUUGUGUGUAGACUUUCUCUUGGCUGUUGUUGACAUAAUUAAGCCAUGUUGUAGGGUGUCCCAUGGCAACAGUCAUUCAGUUCCUAUUUGGUCAGUCUAGGUUCCUAAGUAAGAGACUUUCCUAGAUUGACCGAGGUAAAGAUGCCCAUCAUGUUCAAUUCAAGUACUUUACUCUUUCCUUCCCAUCUCCAGCCUACCCAGUGAUUCCAGAAUAGAGAAGUGGCAGAGGUUGGGGGUAGAGGGCUAGAGGUUAAUAGAAAAGAGAGAGCUAUGUGCCUUGUCUGGAUUUCUUCAUCAUUCAAUGUAUGUGUAACUUACAAGUUAUUUAAAAACACGUAAAUCCUCUGUUUUCCUGGCUGUGUGAUGGACUUGGUAACACUCACCUCACAGGGUUGUUGUGAGGACUAAAUGACAUUAAAUAUGUGAAGAGUUUCCAAAACUAAAGUGCUGUUUAUAUGCUAGCAAAUUCUUUUUAUAAUACACUUGGGACCUUCAGAAUUGCAGAAUAUUUUUCCGCUUUAUGUUUCAUUAACUAAAAUUGGUUGUUUCUUGUCUGUGUGGGACAUAAAACCCUAAAACAUAAAUAUAACUCUGCUGAUUCAUUG